UCUCGCCGCCCGUCGCCACAUAGGCAGCACCACAGCGGCUAAGGCUUAGCAGCGGCUCGGUCUCGUGCGGCCAGCGCAACUGCGGCAAGAACCCUACCGCCUUGGGUUGGCUUGGCUUGGCCCUCCCCGUCCAGCUUCGACGGAAGGUGAUAGCUGAGCUCUCCUCCCCCAAUCCUCUAAUCGUCCUUUUCGUAGUUGAAAUUUAGGCUGGAUGUGGUGGGGAUGGGUUUGAUCCCUUGCCCGUGGACUUGGGAGGGUGCGAAGAUGGGGGGAUUUCUUCCCAAUCGGGAUGGAGACGGGGAGUUUCUUUUUUUUAGCAGGGGGAUGGGGGUGGUGGCGGGUCUCUCGGUUGGCAUUAGCCAGGGCGGCUGUCUGCCUGUCUCGGAAUUGGUUUAGAGUACAAGGUGGAUUUAAUUUCUUCUCUAGUGAAGAAAGACUUUCUUCGAGGGCACCUAUCUACUUCUUUCCGAACUGUUUCAGAGUAAUAUAGUAUUGUUACUCUUUGAUUUCAGUGUGCAAGUUAACGUUUGUGUUGCUAACACACACAAACAAACGUUUGUGUUGCUUCACUUCUCUGCAUGCCACAGGUACUAACAAUUGUAAUCUAGCUGCACUUCAUCACAAAUUCAAUGGCAGAUCGCUGGCUGGAGCUGCCCAAUCUGGCCCUGCAAGUGGUGGGGAUCUUACCGGAGGUCCAGAGGCCUAGCAGCAUGGUCCCUCGCUGCCAGAAGGUGGCUUACACGGCCGUUUCCCUCCUCAUCUACCUUGUCGGCAGCCAACUGCCUGUGUAUGGAUAUGGAGUCCGUUCUCCAUCGGUUGCUGACUCUCAGUACUGGGUUGACAUGCCCGACUGCAACUCCGUCAUGUCUGCUGGGAUCAUGCCCCUCGUUCUGUCUGAGGCGGUGCUUCAUUUCCUUCUGUGGUGUAAGGUUCUUAGAGCAAACAAUCCUGAGGACCGGAUGCUCCUGAGUCGGGUGCAGAAGUUGGUUGGGAUAAUUUUUGCCGCUGAUUUCUCAGUCUGCAGGGUGCUAAUCUCACCUAUCUUGGGCAAACUGACCUUAGGGCAGUCAAUUCUGAUCGUGCUUCAGCAUUUCUUUGGAAGUGUCAUCGUCAUUUAUCUUGAUGAUCUCCUUAAAAAGGGAUAUGGGUUUCUUUCGAGUAUCCCCUUGUUCAGUGCCACCGACAUUUGUACAAGUAUUUUCUGGAAAGCUUUUAGCCCCUGUAUCAUAAAGCUAUACGGUGGGCAGCAUGGUGAUCAACAUGGGGAAGCUCUCACUUCCUCCCUUAUUCAUCGAUUCGUUGGUAAUGGAAACUACAAAUUGUCUUCGAUAUUCUGA